AUGUUCAGAACGGCCAAUUACCCCUCGGUGGAUCCUGCGCCCACCUUCAUGCACGGAUCUUGGUUUGCCACGGGGUGCCGUGAAAACACGCCUGUGGCCGUGGAGAAGCCUAAGAAGAAAGCCUUCAGCCUGGUCAAAAUCAUGUCUCUGAGCAACAAGAAAGGACCGGACAAACCUCCGCACCACCACCACAACAACAACAUUCCCUUCUCCAUCCACUGUACCAUCGGCAAAGAGAUCAAGCACAUAUGCAGCAACUGCAGCCGAGGCAACGACACUCAAGACGCUGAAGAAGCCGAGCGUUUUGCCGCCAUGCGCUCGGAGUCCAUGCUCACAGGCACCCACACGCCACCCAUUCGCAGCCGGAGCAAAUUUGCCUCUUUGGGACGCCUCCUCAAGCCCUGGAAAUGGAGGAAGAAAAAGAGCGAGAAGUUCAAGCAGACAUCAGCCGCUUUGGAGAGGAAGAUGUCAAUGAGGCAGAGCCGAGACGAGCUGAUCAAAAGAGGAGUGCUUAAGGAGAUUUUCGAAAAAGUAGAAUUCCGGUCGUCCAUGGAUGGUGUCUGCACUCAGGAGCCCCCCCUCAAGUCGUCCAUGAUUUUGCCCUCCAAGAAGUCCGUCACGUUCCCCGGCGACCUGCAGGAGCCCCCCGCCAAGCCCCUCCUCUACCACAAACAACCACCAGCUCUGCCGCCCAAGCCCUUCUCCCGGAUGCCCAGCUACAGCUCAGACUCUUUCCAGCUGAAGUUGCCCAGUCUACCCGGGGGUAAGCACUCCCCGCCGUUACCGCCCAAGAAGCUGAUGAUCUGCGUGCCACCUGGGGGCCGAGACUCUCCUUCGCCCACGCCCAACCAGCUCAGCGGCCACUCCCAGCGGUGCAGCACUCCCCAGGUGCUGCCCUUCCUGCCCUCUCACCUCAUGGGGCUGUCGGCACUGCACCACCCGCUCCAGCUCCAGUACGGCAGCCUCCACACGCCCAGCCGCAUCAUCGAGGAGCUCAAUAAAACCCUGGCACUGUCCAUGCAGCGCUUCGAGAGCUCCGCAUUGCACUGCAGCAGUCAGUGUGCCCCCCUGGAGCGCAGAGACGUGCCCUCUGUCAUCAUCGACUACGACGACGACAAGGAGAACGAGCCCAGCGAGUCGGACUACGAGGACCUGCCCAGUAUGUACAAGGACGAGGAGGAUGACGACGAUGAUGAAGAUGAUGACUCCUUAUUCACAAGCUCGCUGGCUCAGAAAGUGCUGAGGAAAGACUCCCUGGCCAUCAAGCUGAGUAACCGGCCGUCCAAACGGGAGCUGGAGGAGAAGAACAUCCUGCCCAUGCAGACGGACGAGGAGAGGCUGGAGUCCCGGCAGCAGAUCGGCACCAAACUCACUCGGCGCCUGAGCCAGAGACCAACGGCAGAAGAGCUGGAGCAGAGGAACAUUCUCAAACCUCGCAAUGAACAGGAGGAGAUGGAAGAGAAGCGAGAAAUCAAGCGGAGAUUAACGCGGAAGUUGAGCCAGAGACCCACAGUGGAGGAGCUCAGACUGGCCAAAAUCCUCAUCCGCUUCAGCGACUACGUGGAGGUGUCCGACGCCCAGGACUACGACCGCAGAGCCGAUAAACCCUGGACCAGACUCACCGCAGCCGACAAGGCAGCUAUUCGCAAGGAGCUGAACGAUUUCAAGAGCAAUGAGAUGGAAGUGCACGAGUCAAGCCGCCAUUUAACCAGGUUUCACAGACCAUAG